GGGUGCGGACACUCGGCUAAGGACUAAACAGCAGCGUCGUCUCUUCGCCGAGAACCCCGCACCCCUAACGAAAGCCGAGGCUGGGAGGCAGGAGGCAGGCAGGAAGAGCGAGCAGAAGCGAGUGGGAAGCAGGGCUUCGGGCGCCGCAGGACAGUUCAGCCCCGAGGAGGCUGCGCCCUGGGCCACGGCGGGCUGAGCCGGGCACGGCGGUGUUGGCUCGGAGCUCAGGACUGGCGGCUGCGGAGAGGCGUCUGGGAGCCCCAGGCUGGCCCUGCGCACCUGCCCUCGGCCGGCGCUCGAAACUCACCUGGACCUGGGCUCUCCCUUCCCCAUCCCCGCAGCCGCAGCCCGAGCGGGCUCCGUGGGCCUGGAGCACUACCGGGUCUAAUAUGCUCAGAGCCGAGGCGAGAUGAAGGAGAAGUCCAAGAAUGCGGCCAAGACCAGGAGGGAGAAGGAAAAUGGCGAGUUUUACGAGCUGGCCAAGCUGCUCCCGCUGCCGUCGGCCAUCACCUCGCAGCUGGACAAAGCGUCCAUCAUCCGACUCACCACGAGUUAUCUGAAGAUGCGCGCGGUCUUCCCCGAAGGUUUAGGAGACGCGUGGGGACAGCCAAGCCGUGCGGGGCCCCUGGACAGUGUCGCCAAGGAAUUGGGAUCACACUUGCUGCAGACUUUGGAUGGAUUCGUUUUUGUAGUAGCAUCGGAUGGCAAAAUCAUGUAUAUAUCAGAAACUGCUUCAGUGCAUUUAGGCUUAUCCCAGGUAGAAGUAACAGGGAACAGCAUUUAUGACUACUUCCAUCCUUCUGACCAUGACGAGAUGACCGCUGUCCUCACGGCCCAUCAGCCUCUCCACCAUCACCUGUUGCAAGAGUACGAGAUAGAGAGGUCAUUCUUUCUCCGAAUGAAGUGUGUCUUGGCGAAAAGAAAUGCGGGCCUGACAUGCAGUGGAUACAAGGUCAUCCACUGCAGUGGCUACUUGAAGAUCAGGCAGUAUAUGCUGGACAUGUCCCUGUAUGACUCGUGCUACCAGAUCGUGGGGCUGGUGGCCGUGGGCCAGUCUCUGCCACCCAGUGCCAUCACCGAGAUCAAGCUGCACAGCAACAUGUUCAUGUUCAGGGCCAGCCUUGACCUGAAGCUGAUAUUCCUGGAUUCCAGGGUGACCGAGCUGACGGGGUAUGAGCCACAGGACCUGAUCGAGAAGACCCUGUACCACCACGUGCACGGCUGUGACGUGUUCCACCUCCGCUUCGCGCACCAUCUCUUGCUGGUGAAGGGCCAGGUGACCACCAAGUACUACCGGCUGCUCUCCAAGAUGGGCGGCUGGGUGUGGGUGCAGAGCUACGCCACCGUCGUGCACAACAGCCGCUCCUCCCGGCCCCACUGCAUCGUGAGUGUCAAUUAUGUCCUCACGGAUAUUGAAUACAAGGAACUUCAGUUGUCCCUGGACCAGGUGUCCACUUCCAAGUCCCAGGACUCCUGGAGGACCGCCUUGUCUACCUCACAAGAAACUAGGAAGUUAGCUAAACCCAAAAACACGAAGAUGAGGACGAAGCCGAGAACAAACCCUUACCCCCCACAGCAAUACAGCUCAUUCCAAAUGGACAAACUGGAAUGCAGCCAGCUUGGAAACUGGAGAGCCAGUCCCCCCGCAAACACUCCCGCUCCCCCGGAACAGCAGCUCCAUUCAGAAAGCAGCGACCUCUUGUACGCACCGUCCUACAGCCUGCCCUUCUCCUACCAUUACGGACCCUUCCCUCUGGACUCUCACGUCUUCAGCACCAAAAAGCCAGUGUUGCCGGCCAAGUUUGGGCAGCCCCAAGGCUCCCCUUGUGAGGUGGCACGCUUUUUCCUGAGCACACUGCCAGCCAGUGGCGAAUGCCAGUGGCAUUAUGCCAGUCCCCUAGUGCCUAGCAGCCCGUCUCCAGCUAAAAACCUUUCUGAGCCGCCAGUGAACACUGCUCGGCACAGCCUGGUGCCAAACUACGAAGGUGGGUCGUGUUUGCACGCCGGGAUGGGAGGAUCGGGAAUCGCCAGAGGCCGCAGUGGUGGUGGCGGUGGGUGGCAAUGGAAAAAGAAUCCUCAGGCCCAGGGAAACCUUCCUUUUUCUGCCUCUCAGUAG